UCCAAGCAGGUUCCAGUGCACGUUAUACAUCGCGGCGUGCACAGUGGCGCAGAUGGUGGAGGAUUUCUAAAUAAAACUCCUGGAUGAUGGCUUUCUGUACAAACUGUCUCCAUCCAACAUGAGCUCAGAGGCUGUGUGGUGAGGACAUCGCAGCAUUGAAGAUGUUCUGUGCCAGGCUAAAGGAACUUCAGAUAUCUGGAGAGUGUCCUUUCUCCAAAAGCAACCAUCACCACCACCAGCAGCAGCAGCAGCAGAAGGAGGGAGAAUGUGGGGAGAGCUCAGGCGACGCCACAGCGGGGUUCUCGCCUGUUUCUAUGGACGUGCAAGGCAAAAGAGACGAUGAGGAUCCACCUCGACUGAGGAGCAGCAGAGCCAAAGUUAACCUACAUACGCUGGGGGAGAGCAUCCGCAAACUGGCAUGUCCUGAGUUUCAAAGGCUGCACACUGCCCUCCAAAGAUUGACACGACUCUCUGUUCAAACCAGGGAAUCUGAAAGUGCCGCAGUUUUAUGCACAGACUGUAGAGAAGACACAGAGCAUUUAAUGGAGAUGAUGAACGCUCACUCAACCCAAACAGCAACCCCAAUGGAUGCCCUAAAAGUGUCUUUUGGUGAGGAACUCUUCCGCAUGUGCUACGAGGAGGACGGCCACAUUUUGAGGGUGGUCGGGGGAGCACUCCACGACUUCCUCAAUAGUUUCAAUGUCCUCCUGAAGCAGAGCAAUGCUCCCAAAGCAGGCAGAGGGCAUUGUCUAAAUGAAUCGUCUGUGCUGUGCUUAGACAAAGAUCCGGGUCUGCUUACCGUCUACUUCUUCAACCCUCACCCCACUACUGAGCUCUUCUUCCCCGGGGUCAUCAAAGCAGCUGCCCGCCUGUUGUAUCACAUCACGGUAGAUGUGUUGAUGGACCCACCCACGGCCAAAGACAGCAUCCUGCAGUCAAACCCGCAACCGAGUCUUCUAUACACAGUCCUUGUUAAGGGGGAUAAAAACCUGAGCCCAAGUCCACUGAGAGCAACCUCAGCUGGGACUCUUCCUACCUCUCUGUUCUCCACCAUCUUCCCCUUCCAUCUCAUCCUGGACCAGGACUUAGUUUUAGUGCAAAUAGGACACGGGCUCAGGAAGAGACUGACCAGAAAGGAUGGCCUCAGGCGUCCAUCUAACUUCCAAGAACACUUCUCCAUCAUGUGCCCUCAGAUCAAAUGCAGCUUUCAAGGUAUCCUGACCAUGCUCAACACCCAGUUUGUCAUUCGGAUCAAGCAUGGAGUUUCCGCAGCAGACAGCACAGGCAAGCUGAUGGACCUUAAGGGCCAAAUGAUCUACGUUUCCGAAUCCAACGUAAUACUGUUCUUGGGAUCGCCAUGUGUGGAUAAGCUGGAGGAGCUAACGGGUCGUGGCCUCUACCUGUCCGACAUCCCUAUUCAUAAUGCGCUACGUGAUGUUGUCCUGGUGGGCGAGCAGGCUAAAGCACAAGACGGUCUGAAGAAACGUCUCGGGAAGGCCAAAGCAGCCUUGGAGCAGGCUCACCAGGCACUUGAGGAGGAGAAGAAGAAGACUGUGGACCUCCUCUUCUCCAUCUUCCCUGGCACUGUGGCACAGCAGCUGUGGCAGGGCCAAACGGUACAGGCCAAAAAGUUUGAACGGGUCACCAUGCUGUUUUCCGACCUGGUGGGCUUCACCGCUGUUUGCUCGCUGUGUACGCCCAUGCAAGUGAUCACCAUGCUCAACGAGCUGUACACCAGGUUUGACCACCAAUGUGGAGAGCUUGAUGUUUACAAGGUGGAGACCAUUGGUGAUGCAUAUUGCGUAGCUGGUGGCUUACAUAAGGAGAGUGAGACUCAUGCUGUUCAGAUUGCACUCAUGGCCUUAAAGAUGAUGGAGCUCUCUGAUGAAGUUAAGACACCAACUGGUGAACCCAUACAGAUGCGUAUUGGUCUCCAUACUGGGUCGGUACUGGCUGGUGUAGUUGGGGUAAAGAUGCCGCGUUAUUGCCUUUUUGGAAAUAACGUCACAUUGGCCAACAAGUUUGAAUCCUGCAGCCAACCUCGAAAAAUCAACAUCAGCCCGACAACACACAGAUUGCUGAAGGACCGUCCAGAAUUUGUCUUUAUUCCCAGGAGCAGGCAGGAGCUUCCGGCCAACUUCCCAGAGGACAUCCCUGGUGUUUGUUACUUUUUAGAGCCUUCCUUCAAAACCUAACAACUGGCUCGGAUAUAAAGUCCAGCUGCUGCAGAGCUCACGACUAUGAACUCUCUAAACAGUGCUUCUUCUAUAUCGGAGUUGUUCAGAUAUUGAUGAUGUUGCUAAGUGUCCCAUCACUACUGCAGUUAUUUGAAAAAUACAGUUAUGCUGCAUCACAGACAACUGGGAAGUCUGAAAUUUAAGAAAUGUACAUUGAAACAUUGAACGACGGCACCCCUAAAGUGUUACUGGAGGACAGUAGCCUCUUUCCUACAGUAUAUCACACUCAGUCAAAAACAGAAUACCCAUCAUUUAUUUGUCUGUACCUUUCACACAGUGAUGAUGGAUAUUAUUAUAGUGUGUUUUUUUGUUACAGUGACACAAUUUCAUUGACAACAUCAAAACAAACUUCUGGUUUGAUGUAGAUAAUACCUGUUGGACAGCAAUAAUUGCUUUCCAUACAACAGAAUGAGAGAAGUCAGUAUUCUACAGAGUAACACUAUUAUAGUAUUUGCAAUUUACUACCUCAGAAUAUUGAUAGAAAUAUCGAACAUUGUCUAUUUCAACCAACAAAAAGCAAAACGUAGCCAGAUGCUAUUUCUUAUCUUUGUUGUCAGCCAUGUUUUUUUUUGUCAAGGUUUAUUGGGAUUUUUUUCAAUAUAACCAUGCAUUAUAAAUGAGGUAAAUUGGUAGUAGUUUGCUAAAACACAAUUAUAUUCAUACACUUAAUAGUGAUUAUGAAGUUGAUAUAUAGAGCGACUGUUUCAUGUCCUGUUAGAUUUUUUAAAUAAUAAUGUAGGAAAAACAGCAUCCUUGCUCUUUGUUGACAAGAAAUAAUUAUGCAGAUAUUCGUAUACUGUACACUGUUCACUAGCAUCGGUUUAACAACAAAGCUUCAUUCUUAUUGGUCCUUUGUACAUUACGUAAUGCAAAUUAGCCAGAUGCCUUUUCUUAUGUUUGUUGUCAGCCAUGUUUUUUGUUUACAUGCAAUUGGCACACUUUGUCAUCAGACCUUGUGAGCUGCAUGUGAGAUCCUGUUUUUCUGACUUCCCAGCAGUCUUGAAUGCAGCAUUAUUAUCAAUCUGAGCAAGCUAGCGUUGUAUCCUCCAGUCCAAAAGGGGCCAGCAAAAGUUGAUGUGCAAUAAAUGUUAACUUUCCUCCACUUCAUUAACUGUACUCAUACAUUUUACCAUUUCCACUGAUCAAGCACCAUUUUACAGAACAGUCUGCAGUUUUUUGUAUAAUUUAAGCAUAAAGCAAUGAUAUUGUGAUUAUAAAUGUCACAAACAAGUUAGCCUGAAGAAAGCUUUGAGUAGCUACAGCACCUUUCUGCAAUGCUUACAUGGGACACUGCAGUGCUAGCUUUUUCAGAUUGUAUUUAACUGCACCAUAAAUAUAAAAGUUGUUAUUUUUGUUCCUAUCUUUCAUGAGCUGAACUCUGAUUUAAAGUUUUCUAUGUACACAAGGCCAUUUUCAUUUGUACUCUCAAUUAUAGCACAAAAUCUGUCUAAAUCUGCAUUAGUGAGGAUAUCUCCUUUGCACCGAUCAACAUUUGGUGUGACCAACAUGUUGCCUACAUGUUGAUCAGGUUGUUGGAAUGUUGGUCAAUACUUCGUCAAUGGCUGUGCAAAGUUGCUGGAUGUUGGCAGGAACCGCAACACGCUGUCAUAUUUGCAGAUUCACAGCAGGAGUCUAUCCCAGCUGUGAAAGUAAAAAUUUGGAGUCACCACUUAACCUAACAUGCAUGUUUUUGGAAUGUGGGGGGAAUUCGGAGUAGCUGGAGAAAACCCACACACGCAGGCGGAGAACAUGCAAACUCCACACAGACAUGUCCAACCGAUCUCCUGACGGUGUGGCCUACAUGCUAACCAUCAAUUCUGCUCAAUGCUCAAAGAGUAUUCUAGGAAUAUUUUAUUCUAGGAAUUAUGUACAGAUCUCUGAAACAUGGGGUUGUGCAUUAUCAUGCUGCAACAUGGUGAUGGUUGUGGAUGAAUGGCACAGCAAAAAGCCCUCAACAGGCUGCACCUAUAUUGUUCAUAACAUAAACAUGACCAUACUAUAACCCCACCGCCACUACGGGCCACUACGGGCCACUACAUCCACAACGAAAAUCAGCAAAUCGCUCACCCACAUGACGCCAUGUCCAUCUGCCCUGUACAGUGAAAACUAGGACACAAUCAAAUGUGUGCAUUUGCCCGUUCAAGUCGCUUACAAGUUGAUGAUGAACUGUAGUCAAGUCCAGCCUAAGGCACCUUGUGCGAUAAUCAUGUUGCCUAAUCAGCAUCUUGAUAUGCCACACUUGUGACGUGGAUGGAUUUUGGCAAAGAAGAAGUGCUGGCAAACACAUAUUUUAGGCUGAUUUUGGGACAAUAUUUGAGAGAAAUAGUCAAUGGAAAAAAUAUAACAUUUUUAGUUCAGCUCGAGAAAAAUGGGGGCAAAAAUAAGUGUUUAUAUUUUUACUAGGUGUAUAAAGAUGUCACAUUAUGAUCAGACAUAAGUGUUGUGCUAUUCUAUAUCUGUACAAACACUCGCUCUGCAAUGAGUUCUAGAAUAUUCAUUUUGAGGCCUCAUUUAAGGUAUUUCUUUUCUUUGGAAGACAAAAAAUAAAUGUUGCUAAAAAAGACAUUAACUAUUACAAUUAUUUAAAACUAUUAAAACCAUACUUUAUAUUUGUGUAUUUUUUAGAUUUUAUGUUUUUUGUGGUUACUAUUAAUAUGUGGUAAUUAUUGACAUUUCUUUUUUUGUGGAUAUUUGAACAGCAUUUCUCCCCUGUCUCUCUGCUUGCACCUUGAUGUGAUUGGCAAAAAUCAACAAAAACAAUGAAUUUACUCUGUGUAUUAGUGAUUUUGGAAAAAAAAAUGUAAAAUAUAAGGUUUAAAUACACAAUUUUAUAAGGUAUUCUAAAUUUAUAUUCACAGAGUUGACUCAGGUGCCUUAUGGAAGCAGCACGGCACAUUUAUUGUAAAUGACUUUUGACUUCAUGACUUUUGGUUUUCUUCAUAUGAAUGCAACCAGAAAUUCUUCCAACAAAGUAUAUAUUUGAAGUACUUUCCCCAUAAUAGAGCCUAUACAUUCCAGUUUCCUAGUGAAGUAUUUUUUACUGUUUUCACUGUACACAUUUAUACUCUAUAUAUGACAUUGUUUUCAUAGCACAAACAGCUUAAAACACAAGAAUCCAAUGAAUGUCCUAUCACUCAUAAGGAUGUGCUUUUAUUGUUACUGUAAUGUAAACAAAAGUGCAAUAAAUAA